GGGGCGGUGGCGCCUGCGAGAGGGCGGGCCGGGUCAGCUGCUGCAGGCGGGGCGCCGGGCCGAGCUGUGGGCGGCUGCUGAGUGUCCUGCCGCCGCCCAGCCUUCGCCACGAUGCCGGGGAUCGACAAGCUGCCCAUUGAGGAGACGCUGGAAGACAGUCCGCAGACAAGGUCUUUAUUGGGUGUAUUUGAAGAAGAUGCUACCGCUAUUUCCAAUUACAUGAACCAACUGUAUCAAGCUAUGCAUCGGAUUUAUGAUGCACAGAAUGAAUUAAGUGCAGCAACACACCUGACUUCGAAACUUUUAAAAGAAUAUGAAAAACAGCGUUUUCCUUUGGGGGGUGACGAUGAAGUUAUGAGCUCUACUUUACAGCAGUUUUCAAAGGUUAUAGAUGAGCUUAGUUCUUGUCAUGCGGUACUUUCAACUCAACUUGCUGAUGCCAUGAUGUUCCCCAUUUCCCAGUUUAAAGAAAGAGAUCUGAAAGAAAUACUGACACUAAAAGAGGUAUUUCAGAUUGCAAGUAAUGAUCAUGAUGCUGCAAUUAACAGAUACAGCAGAUUGUCAAAAAAGAGAGAAAAUGACAAGGUAAAGUACGAAGUAACAGAGGAUGUGUAUACUUCCAGGAAGAAACAACACCAAACCAUGAUGCAUUAUUUUUGUGCAUUAAAUACUCUUCAGUACAAGAAGAAAAUAGCUUUGUUAGAACCUCUACUUGGAUACAUGCAGGCUCAGAUGAGCUUCUUUAAGAUGGGCUCUGAAAAUCUCAAUGGACAACUGGAAGAAUUUCUAGCUAAUAUUGGAACAAGUGUUCAGAAUGUUCGAAGGGAAAUGGAUGGUGAUGUUGAGACCAUGCAACAGACAAUAGAAGACUUGGAAGUAGCCAGUGACCCUUUAUACGUGCCUGACCCAGAUCCCACCAAGUUUCCUGUCAAUAGAAAUUUAACCCGAAAGGCUGGGUACCUAAAUGCUAGGAAUAAAACAGGUUUGGUGUCAUCUACCUGGGAUAGACAGUUUUACUUCACGCAGGGUGGAAACUUAAUGAGUCAAGCCCGUGGAGAUGUGGCAGGAGGCCUGGCCAUGGAUAUAGACAACUGUUCAGUGAUGGCUGUGGACUGUGAAGACAGGAGAUACUGUUUUCAGAUCACUUCCUUUGAUGGAAAAAAAUCUUCAAUUUUGCAAGCAGAGAGUAAAAAGGACCAUGAAGAGUGGAUUUGUACAAUAAACAACAUAUCUAAACAAAUAUACUUGAGUGAAAACCCAGAGGAAACUGCUGCGCGAGUAAAUCAGUCUGCUCUGGAAGCUGUCACUCCUUCCCCAUCUUUCCAGCAGAGACACGAGAGCCUGCGUCCAGCAGGACAAUCUCGGCCACCAACAGCUCGAACCAGCAGUUCAGGAUCCUUGGGAUCAGAGUCUACGAAUUUGGCUUCCCUCUCUCUAGAUUCUCUUGUUGCCCCAGAUACUCCAAUACAGUUUGAUAUCAUUUCUCCUGUGUGUGAAGAUCAGCCUGGCCAGGCAAAAGCCUUUGGCCAAGGAGGCAGGCGUACGAAUCCAUUUGGAGAAUCUGGAGGAAGCACAAAAUCAGAAACUGAAGACUCUAUUCUUCAUCAGCUAUUUAUUGUGCGAUUCCUUGGUUCAAUGGAGGUAAAAUCAGAUGGCCAUCCAGAUGUUGUUUAUGAAACAAUGCGCCAGAUCUUAGCAGCUCGGGCCAUCCAUAACAUCUUUCGUAUGACAGAAUCACACUUAUUAGUCACUUGUGACUGUUUGAAGUUAAUUGAUCCGCAGACCCAAGUUACAAGGCUCACAUUUCCAUUAGCAUGUGUAGUUUUGUAUGCUACACACCAGGAAAAUAAACGCCUUUUUGGAUUUGUUCUUCGGACAUCAGGCGGAAGAAGUGAAAGUAGUUUGUCAUCAGUCUGCUACAUAUUUGAAUCAAACAAUGAAGGGGAAAAGAUUUGUGAUUCUGUUGGAUUGGCAAAACAGAUAGCACUGCAUGCUGAACUGGAUCGUAGGGCAUCAGAAAAACAAAAAGAAAUAGAGAGAGUAAAAGAGAAACAACAGAAAGAACUCAGCAAGCAAAAACAGAUCGAGAAGGACUUGGAAGAACAGAGUCGGUUGAUAGCUGCUUCCAGUAGACCAAACCAGGCUGGUAGUGAGGGCCAGCUUGUCCUUAGCAGUAGCCAAUCAGAGGAGAGUGAUUUGGGAGAAGAAGGCAAAAAAAGAGAAUCAGAAGCAUAAACAGCAUAAGCUUGCUUUUGCUUCUUGACUGAUUUUCCCUGUCCCCUGGAAUGUGGCACAAGGUAACCAAGUUAAAAGACCAAGGAGGAGACUAAGCUUUAUAUUUGCUUGUUUCAGCUUCAUUUAAAAAAGACUAUAUAUAAUAUUGCACAUAUCCCCUUAAAAAUAAAAUACUAUGCAUUAUCAUCAAAUUCUGCUUACCUAAGUAAGACCUGCUUACUUUCCUGUAGUAGAUUGCUGAGGAAUCACACUUGCUCAAGAUAUUUUUCUUUGAAAUUCUGAGUGCUUUUUAUCACGCACUAUAAUUGACUGUCUCCAUAAGAAAUCAUUUAUUCUUCAGAUUCUGACAUCGCAUGUGCUCUUUCCCUUUCUUUAGGAAUGUCUUGUUGGUAGUGAGGGAGUGUUCAACCGAAUGAGCUUAAAACCCUUUGUAUGGAGAAUCCUACAGGUUUGCAAAUAUCCUAACAAUAUUAAGUAUGCAUGCAGUAGGAUUUGUAUGAAAUCACUAGGGCAGUGGCACACGGUGCUGUUGAUUUCGGGGCAUUUUCUGGGCUUGCUCCAUGUCUCUGAUGGCAGUAUAUCAUGGCAGGAGGAAAGAAAAAGUGUCUGUUGGCGUUUGAUACAGUUCUUGGCAUUUUGUCACCAUCUUCUCAGUUCUAAGGUAGGGACUUUACUUAUUGCUGCAGAGCAGUAAGGGUUAGAAUAAAAUUUCAGAAUUUAUUGAAAGAUUUUUGUUGUUGUUCAAGCAUUUUAUAUUAGCAUUGACAUGUAAAGGAAGUGUUGUGGAGUGAUACAUUAUAUUUUCUGUAUUGUGAAAUAAUUUUUAUUGAUAAGUGACAUUUCAAAAGAUGUUCUAUAACAUUUAUGUUUAUUGCUUAGAAUAAAAAAUGUGCAGUUUUGUUUAGAGAACAUAAUCUUUUAAAUUUCAGACUGAUAAUAUCAGUAUUUUCAUAAUCUCCCAUUUUGAUAAUGAAUUGAAUUCCUACUUUAUAUCCUCAAAAGGCAAAUAACUAAUUUAUGAGUGUAGAAUAAUUUGUACUAAUUGUUGUAAAUACUUUUACUUUUCAAAUGAGUAAAAGCUCUAAUUCCAUGAAAGACUAAGAGGAACUGGACACCUCAUUCAUAUAGUGUAGGACCAAGGAAGGAGUCAGCCUGCUACCAAGGUUGACAUGCCCUACAGUUUAUCUUCUGUCAAAACUCUUUCUUCACUCAGAUUUUAAUCUUUGUUUAUAGAUUUUAUUUUCAUGUGUUCUAACAUAUAUAUACAUAUAUAUGUUAAAUAUAUUGAAUAAAGAGGUUAAUCACUAAUUUCACAAGUAAUUUUCUCUUAGUUCUGAGUUAGAAGUGGCUUCUGUUUUAGUUUUCAGAAUAUAGCUCAGUUUCACACUGUAUAAAUACAGUUUUCUGUAGUAAUGAGAUUCUCAUAUACAUACAAACAUACAUACAUACAUACAUACAUACAUACAUAUGAGAUCAUGAUAACUAUUUUUAUCCGUGUGCCAAAUGGGAGUAAUGGUUAUUUAAUACUCUUUAAAGUCUUAUGUUACCUAAAUAUACAGUUAAUAGGUAGCAAUUUAUGGAGUACAUUGGGUUAAAAGUAUAUUUUGUGCUUUUAAAGGGAAUGCUUUUGUAUUAGUAUUUCCUUCUUGUUAAACUAGAAAUUUCUGUGGUCAGCACUUGAUUAAGACUUUAAGAUUGGUAAGGUUUCUGGGUUUUGUUGUUGGUCUUGUUUUUGUUGUUUGUUUGAUUUUGGCAGUGCUGGGGAUCAAACCCAGGUUCUCACACAUGCUAAGCAAGCCCUCUACCACUGAGCUGCAGCCCUAUCUCAAGUUUUCAGUUUGUGAGGUCUUUUCUUGAUGUAAGAUGUCCUGCAGCUUCAGGGGAAAUCUGUUGUUUUACAGUAAGAGUGCUCAUCAUCCGGAGACAGUUUUACUUGCUGCUGCUUUGCAUCGAAGCAAAAUGCUGCUAUUUGGAUAAAAAUUCAGGCCAGGGGUGAGGGUUUUUUAAUUCUUUUAAGUCAUGUUUCAUAGGAAUUCCCACAGUUGCUGUCUUGUCACAGGUCAGAAAAGAAUAUACUCCAAUGCCCAGGACAUAUCCUGAGUGGAUUACAGUUUCAGAUGAUUUAGCUUCUGUUCUGUCACUAUUAAACUGUAUGGGAUUCUGCACAUCAGCUUUAAUCAGCUCUCUUGCUUAAAGAAGACUGCCUGUGAGCUUCUUCCCAAACAUUAGUGCUGAUCUUCUUCUGGUGUACUGUCCUCCAAAAUCUCUCCCAGCAUUUUAGAAAUUAACAAAAUGUCUUUAAAAAGGAAAAGAAAUUUAGCCUAUCUAAUUCUACUGAGCACUGUUACCUAUAUUGACAAUUCUUGCAUAAUUGUGGUAAUAAAUUCAACAGAAAAUCACUUAUUUCUCUAUCCUUGCUAGAAACUUGCUAUGGACUGAAAUUGUCCUUUGAACAGAGUCCCUGAACCCCUGAAACUAAUUUUGUUGUUGCCAUGUAUUUAAUGAUUACUUGGUGUUUAAUUUCAAAAGAAUUCCUAGCUCCACAGUGUUGGGAUGAGGAAGUUGUCAUUAUUUUUGAGAAAAGGAUAGUACGAUGUACAUAACAGUGUAGGUAACAUGAUUUUGUGUGGUGGAUGCUCACAAGCUACUACAGGAAUCAGACUAUUUACAAUUUGAACUGACAGUGCUGGCGCACCCUGAGAGCUGCGAUAUUACAAAAUUUUCUGGCAUCUGAAUGAAACAAAAAUACUGAUUUGCUUUUGAUUACAAGUCUGAGCAUUCAGAUUAUUCUUUAAAUAUUAAACACACCAGUGUAUAUAACAAGCAAGCUUUUCAUCUUGUUUUUUUUUUAUCAAGUUUGAAUUAUUUCUCUUUAAGAUUUUUUUUUUCUACAUUAAUAACAGCUUUGAAGCUAGAACCAUGCUGGACUUUUAACCAGUCUCUGGCUACACUUGUAAGUAACUGACUUCAGUUAAUAUGAAUACUGGGGAUUAAGUGAUAAUAAUUGUGCAAGACUGCUUUGUACAUUUUGUGAUUUUUGUAACUAAGUAAAUUGAUUAACCCUGUUUCACUGAUAAUAUUAACCAACUGUUCAGUGUACAAUUAAAAAUCAUGCAGCAUCUCUCUUUAAAAUUGGAUUUGUGAUCAUGGUAUAGCUUGUAGGGCAGAGAACUUAUUUUUUCAUUUGUCAAAGUAGGUAUUUGCUGACAAGGCUUCAAGAAAUUGGAAUUUUUAAAAUGUGUAAUAAAGUCCAUAAUUUUAUACAGA